UAGGCCCACACCUGUCAGCCCUUUACAAGUACCUUAUACACAAACAGCGCUGCAGACCCAGCACUUCAGUAACUGAAGACACAGACAAGGCCCCCACUCUGCUGUCACCUCCAGUCCCAUCCUUCUCCACAGCAGAAGCUGGGCCCAGGCUCCCAGGUGCCCCCACUAGCCCAGUGCCCACACCUCCCGCCCAGGUCAAGUCUGGUGAGGAGCUGCGCAGGGGGCAGGGCAGACAGGCCUCCCCAUGGAUCUCUGCCUCAGGGCACCAGGGAACUAACCCAGGCCCCUGGCCCAGGCUGUGUGCCUCCAGCCCACCCCCCUCAGCACUGGGAACCAAACCAGGCCAAGGCUGAGUCUCAGAAAACACUGAACACGUGAAGGAAGGAGAAAUGGUUCUCCCACAGGACUUGGUGAGCAGAGGGCUGGGAGGAGCCUCAGUCAGGACCUUGAAAACGUUCCUCAGGCCUAAGACAUCUGCACCCUAAUCCCCACCCCACCCUGAGGAGACAGCUGGGGACCAUCCUGUGAGGGAGGGACCUGCCUCCUCAGGACCCCUGCUGGCUCAGCCACACCCACGACCUCCCCCUGGCAACAGGGCUCAAAGUCAUAGGGCAGGUGAGGGGCAGGGUGUGGCCAUCCGGGGCAUUGGGAGGGACAUGGAGGCUUUUACAACCGGCAACUAUAACCUCCCCAGAUUUAAGGCCAGGCAGCUAGUACUGACCUGGUACCUGGUGUCCCAGUCUUGCCCGAGACCCGGCCUCCCCAGGUCCCAUCCUGACCCUCCGCCAUCACACAGCCAUGCAGGAGGCCUGCGUGCUGCUGCUGCUGGGCCUGCAGCUACAGCUCUCCCUCGGCCUCGUCCCAGUCGAGGAGGAAGACCCCGCCUUCUGGAACCGCCAGGCAGCCCAGGCUCUUGAUGUGGCUAAGAAGCUGCAGCCCAUCCAGACAGCCACCAAGAAUGUCAUCCUCUUCUUGGGCGAUGGGAUGGGGGUUUCCACGGUGACAGCCACUCGGAUCCUAAAGGGGCAGAUGGCUGGCACCGGGACUGAGACACCCCUGGCCAUGGACCAGUUCCCCUACAUGGCUCUGUCCAAGACAUACAACGUGGACAGAGAUGUGCCCGACAGCGCAGGCACGACCACUGCUUACCUGUGUGGGGUCAAGACCCGUAUGAAGGUCAUCGGUGUAAGUGCAGCCGCCCAAUUUAAUCAGUGUAACACGAUAUGGAACGAGGUCACGUCUGUGAUGAACCAGGCCAAGAAAGCAGGGAAGUCAGUGGGAGUGGUGACCACCACCAGGGUGCAGCACGCCUCCCCAGCCAGGGCCUACGCACACACGGUGAACCGAAACUGGUAUUCUGAUGCUCAAAUGCCUGCCGAGGCCAAGAGGGAGGGCUGCCAGGACAUCGCCAAACAGCUGGUCUACAACAUGGACAUUGACGUAAUCCUGGGUGGAGGCCAAAAGUACAUGUUUCCUGAGAGGACCCCAGACCCUGAAUACCCAGAAAAUAGCAGACAGAACGAAGUCCGGAAGGACAAGCGGAAUCUGGUGCAGGAGUGGCAGGCCAAGCACCAGGGAACCCAGUAUGUGUGGAACCGCACGGCGCUCCUUCAGGCGGCCAAUGACUCCAGUGUAACACACCUCAUGGGCCUCUUUGAGCCAGGAGACAUGGCCUAUAACAUCGACCGAGACACCACCAAGGACCCAUCCUUGGAGGAGAUGAUGGAGGAGGCCCUGCGAGUGCUGAGCAGAAACCCUCGGGGCUUCUUCCUCUUCGUGGAGGGAGGCCGCAUUGACCAUGGACAUCAUGCAAACAUAGCUUAUCGGGCGCUGACCGAGGCGGUCAUGUUUGACAAUGCCAUUGCCAAGGCUAACGAGCUCACCAGUGAAGCAGACACAAUGACCCUUGUCACCGCCGACCACUCCCAUGUCUUCACUUUCGGUGGCUACCCACUUCGUGGGACCUCCAUUUUCGCGCUGGCUGAUGGCAAGGCCAAUGACGGUGGAUCCUACACCUCCCUCCAUUAUGGAAAUGGCCCUGGAUUCCAACUGUACUGGGGCUUAUGACCUGAUGUGGAUGAAACUGAGAGCAUGGACCCCAACUACAAGCAGCAAGCUGCAGUGCCCCUAUGGAGCGAGACCCACGCCGGUGAGGACGUGGCAGUGUUUGCACGAGGCCCGUGGGCACACCUGGUGCACGGCGUGCAGGAGCAGACCUUUGUGGCACAUGUCAUGGCCUUUGCUGCCUGCGUGGAGCCCUACACCACGGACUGCCACCCUCAGCCCCCCACCAGCCCCAUGGACACUGCCCACCAGGUUGCCUGCCCAACCUUACUGGCACUGCUGGUCGGGGUCCUGCUGCAGCUGCUGGUGCCUGCCCUGCACUGAGCCCCCCACUGGCCCGGGCUUAAGGAUCUCCUGAUCCCCUGCUUGGAAUCUUCAGGGGACCCGAACCACCUGGAAGCUGAGGUUUGACUUUCCUGUAAUACCCACAGUCCUCAGUGCCCCCAUCUCGGUGGCCUCACAUUUUGUGCAGAUCCGCCCCAGACCCAAGGAAAGACCAGGGCUCAGACCACCCAGUAUUUUCUUCUGACCUAAGAGCCCUGCCUGAGGACCAGGCUGGCACCAGUGGUGUCCCCCAGGGGCCAGGACCUACCAGACCCCAGGUGGGGGCUUCUGGGAGGCGCAGCUUUUGAUUACAUGGCUUCCGGGGAGCUGUUGCUUCCAGGGAGCUGUGGCUCCCUGUCCUCCUGGAACCCAAUCUGUGGGCACCUGGCCAGCCAAGGAGGCGUCUGGGGCCAGGACAGUCUUGGGGCCCUCGACACAGAAUCCUCAGCAGCCCCUCCUAGGAACCCAGCGGUACCAUUACAGAGAGUAGACAGCGACACAGAGAAGAAGACACUCGCCCCAGGUCCCUCAGCUGCUGUGAGGGUGGCCUCCCUGGUGCCCC